AUGUUGUCUCUGGAGACUCUUGUCUUCCAAGAGUAUGCAGAUGAGAUCUUCGAAUACCUUAAGCGUAAAGAAACCAAGAUGCUUCCAGAUCCAAACUAUCUAGAUAAACAGCGUGGCCUUGACUGGGGGAUGCGAACGCAACUAGUGGCGUGGUUGGUCACGGUUCGAAACCACCUCGGCCUCCCUCAUGAGGUCUUAUAUCUGACCGUCAAUAUUAUCGACCGCUCCAUGUCCUUGAUGGAAGUAACUCCUGACCGACUAAUGCUUCUUGCAGCUGCAUCACUGAUCAUAUCGCUUAAGUAUGAACAACAGUACCCUGACUAUUCAAUGCAGGAUAUUAUCGAAAUUUUCGACCUUGAACCAGAAAAAGUGCGUCAAGCGGAGCGUAUUAUCCUUCAACGGUUAGACUACGACCUUGGUUGGCCAGGGCCAAGUAGCUUCCUACAGAGGAUCAACAAAAUCAACAAUGGAGAGACACAAUUAACCGUCUUAGCCCACUACUUCCUGGAGCUGCAGUUGCAUACUGCUUCGCAAGUGAGAUAUCAGGGCAAUCGAUAUGGACACCGCAACAAGUUGAUCUGUUGGGCUAUUCCAGAGCGGAACUGGAACCUUUCAUCCAAAUAA